CGCGCGGAGUGGCGGACGCCGGGCGCCUCCCGGACGCGGCUGGGCCGGGCUCCCCGGUCACCCGGAGGCGACGGCGCGGGGCCCUGAGGACUGCGGCGGACGUGGCCGCGGGCUGUCCCGGUCCUUGCAGCCCGGGGCGGGCGGCGGACGCGGGCGGGCGACCCUCCGGCUGUUCCUGGGCCAGGUUCCUGCAGUGAGUUUGCUUCAGCAAACCUUUUGAUGCCUGGCCUUCCUAUCCGGAUUAUAUAAAGUCUUGUUUAGAAAAUGGGUCCUGCAGGACGCCUUGUGACCAUCAAAAGGAGUGGGGUGGACGGUCCCCACUUCCCACUGAGCCUCAGCACCUGCUUGUUCGGAAGGGGUAUUGAAUGUGACAUUCGAAUCCAGCUCCCUGUGGUGUCAAAGCAGCACUGCAAAAUUGAAGUCAGUGGGCAGGAGGCGACACUGUUUAAUUUCAGUUCCACCUGUCCGACCCAAGUGAACGGGGCUGUCGUUGCGGAGCCCGUACACCUUAAGCACGGCGAUGUGAUCACGAUUGUCGAUCGAUCUUUCAGGUAUGAAAAUGAAAGUCAUCGGAAUGGAAGCGAGUCGACAGAAUCCCCGGGACAAAAACGCAAACAGGAUUCUCUGCAUCGGGUCUCAAGGUCUAGCUUCUCUUCUGACCCUGAUGGGAAAAUUCAAGAUUCCAAUGCCCAUUCCAAACUCUGUGAAGAAAAUGUUUCCGGAAGUCCUCUGGUACACGUCAAGAAUGGCAAACCAGCCGCCCCGGAUGGUCCCAAAGAUCACGCUGCUAGAAAAUCCCUUAAUGCUGUCCGUUCCUCAGAACUUCCUGGAGAAAACUUCAGAAAUGCAAUGGAUCCUACAGCCAGGGAUUUUAAGGAAGAUUCCAGUGUUGUCUUAGUGAGCUGUCAUGGAGAACUGAAGACUUUCCCCUCUACAUGGUGUCCUGAGAAUAGUGAAAACCAGGAGUCUCCCUUUAGGGAGCUUUACGAGUCAAUGAAGGAAGAGUUUGACAUGAAAUCAGGAAAAGGAAUUGUUCCACAGAGUGGGAAAAAGUCGGGGCCCCAGAGUCAUUGUGCAUCAGAGAACGAAUGUUCAGGUGAGCUACAAGACAGGACACAAGUCCUGGUCUCACGUAAAUCCAGACCGAGGUCGGGUCGAUUCACCCCAGUGAAGGCAGACCCUGCUUUGGGAGAACAAGGAAUUAGCCAGACAGAGGACAGGAGAAAGGAUGUGGAAGCCCUUCAGACUCCCAAGGAGACCACGGGUCCCAGCAUCCCUCCUAAGGAGACGACAAGAACCGAGACCCCGGUCCAUCAUUCUCCUCACCAUUCCUCACAAAAACGUCGGAGUGAAGACCUGCGUGUUCCCAGGGGAAGUGAACCCGUGAAUCCAGCUCAAAGGGACAGCUUCGGGACAGAUAACAAGACACUCACUCCUUGGAAGUUCUUAGCCAGAAAUCCAACACCCACUAACGUUGAAAAUGCUGAUAAUUUUGGAGCAACACCAGAAAAACGCUUGUCCAAGAAGAGGGCGAGUGUUCCCUCCAGUGUGGACGUUCUUGCCUCAGAACCAGAAUCUCAGACUCCCACUGUUUUAGCUCCACUGCCCAUUCAAGUUGAAAGGAAGAUUCAGAGCAUUUCCGUGCACCAGCCUGAGAGAGGGGACGCCACCACCGGGCCUUCGAGCUCUGGGUUCCCGGGCCGUAGUUCAGUUGAUAGCAGCAGCUCUGGUGACUCCAUUAAUAAGAUUGAGGGAACGCCCCUGAAAAGAAGGCGGGUCUCCUUCGGUGGUCGUCUGAAGCCCGAGCUAUUUGAUGAGAACUUACCUCCUAAUACACCUCUCAAGAGAGGAGAGACCCCGAGGAGGUCUCUCAUCAGCCACACUCCAGCUGUCCUGAAGAAAAUCAUCAAGGAAUACCCUCAACCAUCAAGAAAAGAAGAUUCUUCAGAAAUCCAUUUGGAAGUUUGCGCACAAGACCAGCGUAAGGGAUCUCCAGCUCGGAAUCUGACGAGAACUUCUCCAGUGGCAAAUGACACCCGCCGUAGGUCGUCCAAGUUGCCCUCCGUCUCCAGGGGCAGCGCAUCUCCUCAUCCCACAGACACUCCCAAGAGGGGAGGCAGGAAGAGCGGCACCUUGCCUUCGAAGAGAGCUUCCAUCGAUCGGAGCCAACACGAGCUAUUGCAGAGGAUCUAUUCCAGAAGAAGGAGCGGCGCUUCUGAAGCCAAUUUAAUCGUGGCAAAAUCGUGGGCAGACGUCGUAAAACUCGGAGCCAAACAAACACAAGCUAAAGUGGUUAAACAUGGCCCCCAGAGGCAGCCUACCAAAAGGCACAAGAGAACGACCACUCCAAAGAAGCCUGUUAGCAACGUUCACAGUCAGUUCAGCACAGGCCAUGCCAACUCUCCUUGUACCAUAAUAAUAGGGAAAGCUCACAUCGAGAAGGUACACGUGCCCGCUCGGCCCUACAGAAUGCUCAACAACCUUGUGUUCAACAAGAAAAUAGACUUUAAUGAAGAUCUUUCAGGGUUAACUGAAAUGUUCAAGACUCCAGCCAAAAAGAAGCCACAAACAAUGAGCCCAUGCCCCAAGGCUUUUUCAAAUUCAGAGGACUUCAUCGGAAAGGAGUUUGAAGUACCCAAUUCGGGAGAAAAACCUCCGCUGUGCACUUCAGUAAAUUUUGGAGAAAAUGUAUUGCGCAUGACUCAGAGUAAACCUCAAGAGCCAUCCGAUCACAGUCCUGCCAGCCCUCCCCUCAGAAGACCGGCUAUUCGAGUAAAUGCAAACAUCGAGAAGACUCCAGGGUCGGAGGCAGAGCCUCUGAAGGCGGCGUCAAGCGCAAACAGGUUUGGAAGGUCCACGGAGCUUAGAAACACACAGAUGCCAGGUCCAAGGCACAGCGACGAAGAAGCAAACACAGACACUGCUGAGAACACGUCAGGGCGACGUCUGAGGAAAACUCCACAGCGAGGACAGAAACCAGAGGGAGCGACUGAGGAACGAGAGAGCUGUUUUGACACAUGUGAGAAAGCUAUCAAAUCAGAAGGUAGUUCUGAAAAGAUGGUGGCUGUGAGGAGAUCAAGAAGAUAUUCAGAGCAAAGAUGGGAUCCGAUAGCCAACCUGACCACCCUCAAGAGACAGCAGGACACAGAACCCAAGGAAGACCUGGGGGGCAUCCAAAAUCUCCCCCAAACCCCUACUCACGCCCAGGAACCAAUGGACGUGGGAAACAAAACCACAGAAAAGUGUCAGAAAUCUUCAAAACCAGAACUAGUUGGCAUGCCAGCCAGGAUGAACAUAGAGCUGAAGACCCCUCCCCAGAAAGUGGACCUAGAGGAAGAGCCCUCAGCUCUUAGGAAGUCCAUGCAAAGGCCAGGGGAAAACAUCGCUGUGCCUGGAGAACCAGAAGAUGGUGAUGAAGACAUCAAAUUGUUUAACGGAACCCCGAAGCAGAAAGUGCGCUCUGCAGAAAAUGUCACUGGAAGCAAGAGGAGGUCAAGAACACCCAAGAGAAAUGCCCCGUCCUUAGAAGACCUGGUUGGCCUCAGAGAGCUCUUCCAAACGCCAAACCACACAGAAAGACCAAGGACUGACAGCAAAACCACCACAGUCCCCUGCAAAUCUCCACUAGCAGAUCCAGUCAACACGCCAACAAGUAGAAAGAGGCAGUUCGAGACCCCUCCCCAGAAAGCGGACCUAGAGAAGGAGCCCUCAGCUCUCAGGAAGCCUACCCGAGUGCCAGGGGAAAGCAUUCCUUCACAUGGAGAACCAGGAGGUAGUGAUGAAGACAUCAAAUUGCUAAACAGAACCCCAAAGCAGGAAGUGCACUCUGCAGAAAAUGUCACUGGAAGCAAGAGGCGGUCAAGAACACCCAAGAGAAAUGCCCCAUCCUUAGAAGACCUGGCUGGCCUCAGAGAGCUCUUCCAAACUCCAAACCACACAGGAAAACCAAGGACUGACAGCAAAACCACCAAAGUCCCUUGCAAAUCUCCACUAGCAGAUCCAGUCAACACGCCAACAAGUAGAAAGAGGCAGCUCGAGACCCCUCUCCAGAAAGUGGACCUAGAGGAAGAGUCCUCAGCUCUCAGGAAACCCACCCGAACACCAAGGAAAGCCAUGCCCUCACACAGAGAACCAGAAAGUGGUGAUGAAGACAUCCGCUUGUUCAAGGAAAGUCUGAAGCAGAAAAUGACCCCUGCAGAAAAUGUUACUGGAAGCAAGAGGCAGUCAAGAAUGCCCAAAAAAAUGGUCCAGUCCUUAGAAGAACUGGAGGGCCUCAAAGAGCUCUUCCAAACCCCAGAGCACACCCAGGACCCAGUGACUGAUGACAGAACCACCACACUCCCCUGCAAAUUGCCACUAGCAGAUCGAGUCAACACACCAACAAGUAGAAGGCAGCCCAAGACCCCUCCCCAGAAAGUGGACAUAGAGGAAAAGCCCUCAGCUCUCAGGAAGUCCACCCAAAUGUCAGGAGAAAGUGUGCCCUUAUACAAAGAACCAGGAGAUGGUGAUGAAGACAUCAGAUUGUUUAGUAGAAGUCUGAAACAGAAAGUGCACUCCUCAGAAAAUGUCACUGGAAGCAAGAGGCGGUCAAGAACACCCAAGAAAAUGGUCCAGUCCUUAGAAGACCUGGAUGGCCUCAAAGAGCUCUUCCAAACACCAAACCACACAGAUAAACCAAUGACUAACGAGAAAACCACCAAAGUCGCCUGCAAAUCUCCACUAGCAGAUCCAGUCAACACACCAACAAGUAAAGGGAGGCAGCUCAAGACACCUCACCUGAAAGGAGACCUAGAGAAAGAUCUCAGGAAGCCCACCCAAACACCUGGGGAAAGCACACACUCACACGGAGAACCAGGAAGUGGUGAUGAAGACAUCAAAUUGUUCAAGGAAACCCCAAAGCAGAAGAUGACCCCUGCAGAAAAUGUCACUGGAAGCAAGAGGCGGUCAAGAACAUCCAAGAGAAAUGCCCUGUCCUUAGAAGACCUGGCUGGCCUCAGGGAGCUCUUCCAAACACCAAACCACACAGAUAAACCAAUGGCUGAUGACAAAACCACCACAGUCCCCAGCAAAUCUCCACUAGCAGAACCAGUCAGCACACCAAGUAGGAGGCGUCAGUUCGAGACCCCUCCCCAGAAAGUGGACCUAGAGGAAGAGCCCUCAGCUCUCAGGAAGCCCACCCCAGCGCCAGGGGAAAACAUUCCUUCACACGGAGAACCAAGAGGUGAUGAUAAAGACAUCAAAUUGCUUAACAGAACCCCAAAGCAGAAAGUGCACUCUGCAGAAAAUGUCACUGGAAGCAAGAGGCGGUCAAGAACAUCCAAGAGAAAUGCCCCAUCCUUAGAAGACCUGGCUGGCCUCAGGGAGCUCUUCCAAACUCCAGAGCAUACCCAGGACCCAGUGACUGACAACAAAACCACCGAAGUUCCCUGCAAAUCUCCAUUAGCCGAUCCAGUCCACAAGCCAACAAGUAGGAGGCGGCUCAAGACCUCUCCCCAGAAAGUGGAGCUAGAGGAAGAGCCCUCAGCUCUCAGGAAGUCCAUGCAAAGGCCAGGGGAAAACAUCCCUGUGCCUGGAGAACCAGAAGAUGGUGAUGAAGACAUCAUAUUGUUUAACGGAACCCCGAAGCAGGAAGUGCGCUCUGCAGAAAAUGUCACUGGAAGCAAGAGGCGGUCAAGAACACCCAAGAGAAAUGCCCCGUCCUUAGAAGACCUGGUUGGCCUCAGAGAGCUCUUUCAAACGCCAAACCACACAGAAAGACCAAGGACUGACAGCAAAACCACCACAGUCCCCUGCAAAUCUCCACUAGCAGAUCCAGUCAACACGCCAACAAGUAGAAAGAGGCAGUUCGAGACCCCUCCCCAGAAAGCGGACCUAGAGAAGGAGCCCUCAGCUCUCAGGAAGCCUACCCGAGCGCCAGGGGAAAGCAUUCCUUCACAUGGAGAACCAGGAGGUAGUGAUGAAGACAUCAAAUUGCUAAACAGAACCCCAAAGCAGGAAGUGCACUCUGCAGAAAAUGUCACUGGAAGCAAGAGGCGGUCAAGAACACCCAAGAGAAAUGCCCCAUCCUUAGAAGACCUGGCUGGCCUCAGAGAGCUCUUCCAAACUCCAAACCACACAGAAAAACUAAUGGCUGAUGACAAAACCACCACAGUCCCCGGCAAAUCUCCACUAGCAGAUCCAGUCAGCACACCAAUGAGCAAAAGGAGGCGGCUCAGGACCCCUCCCCAGAAAGUGGAUCUAGAGGAAGAGCCCUCAGCUCUCAGGAAGUCCACCCGAACCCUAGGGGAAAGUGCGCCCUCACACAGAGAGCCAGGAGGUGGUGAUGAAGACAUCAGCUUGUCUAAGGAAACUCCAAGGAAGAAGCUAGACCACGUAGAAAACAUGAGCAGAAGCAAGAAGGGGAUAAGAACGGGUAAGGAAAAGGCCCAGUUCCUAGAAGACCUGGUCGGUUUUAAAGAGCUCUUCCAAAGCCCAGAGCACACCCGGGAACCAGCAGCUCUUGUCAAAAGCACAGUAAUGCCGGGCAGAUCUCCGCUGGCAGAGACAGUCAACAGAGCACCCCAGAGGAAGACGCAUCGGAAGAUGCCUCAGGGGACGGCGGACUCCGAGAGAGAGCUCGCACCUCUCGGGGAGCCCAUCCAAACGCCAGCGGAAGCCACACGCACACACAGAGAGUCGGGAGGUGCUGAAGCAGGCAUCCGCUUCUUCAAGGAAACCCCAAAGCAGAAGAUGGACCCUGCCGAAAAUGUCACUGGAAGCAAGAGGCGGUCAAGAACCCCCAAGAGAAAUGCCCCGUCCUUAGAAGACCUGGCUGGCCUCAGGGAGCUCUUCCAAAGCCCAGAGCGCCCCCAGCACCCAGUGACGGACGACAAAACCGCAGUCCCCAGCAAAUCGCCACUAGCAGACCCAGUCCACAAGCCGAUGAGUAGAAGGAGGCGACUCAAGACCUCUCCCCAGAAAGUGGACAUAAAGCAAGAGCCGUCAGCUCCCAGGAAGUCCACCCGAACGCGGGGGGCAAAGGCACAGUCGGACAGAGAGGCGGGAGGCCCUGAGGGAGACCUCGAACUGUUGGGUAAGCCUGCGGAGCAGGAAGGGCCUUCUGCGGAGAAUGGAGCUGGCAGCAAGAGGGGGUCAAGAACAUCCAAGAGAAAUGCCCCGUCCUUAGCCCUGGCCGGCCUCCGGGAGCUCUCCCAAACCCCAGAGCACACCCAGGACCCAGUGACUGACGACAAAACCACCCCAGUCCCCGGCAAAUCGCCACUAGCAGAUGCAGUCCACAAGCCAACAAGUAGAAGGAGGCACGUCAAGACCCUUCCCCAGCAGGCGGACGUGGGGCGAGGGCCAUCAGCUCUGCGGACGUCCACCCGACGGCGCGGGCCAAGUGUGGUCUCCAGCCAAGAACCCGCCGGUAGCGACAGAGACCUCAGGUGCGUGAAUGACGCCCCAAAGCAGACCCUGAGCCCUGCAGAGAACGGAAUGCUCCGGAAGAGUCGGCGAAGAGCACCUAAGGAAAAGGCCACGCCCCUGGAAGACCUGGCCGGUUCCCCGGAGCCGGAGCCGGAGCCGUGCCCCGGGCCCGAUCCCAGCCAGGAAGCCAGAGAGGACGCUGGUGGCGUCAGGGCGGCUCCCGUGCACCCUCCGGGCGGGAGGCAAGCUGUGAGCGUCCCGCAGAGGAGCCUCAGGGCCCGUCGGGCAACAGCCCAGGAAGACGGGGGGCUCCGCAGAGAGCCAGUCGGGUCUGGGAGGGAAAGAGGCGCUUCCCCACCCUCCAAGAGGGAAGGAGGAACCAAGGAAGGUUCCACGGGAGCAAAGAGGCUGCGCUCCGUGACCCCUGCCCAGGACGCGGAGGAGGAGAAGCCGCCCCAGAAGAGGAGGAGGGCAGCUCCCCAGGAGGGCUGUGACGCACCGGAGCCCCUGACAGUGAAGAAGAGUCUGAGGGUCGCAGCAGAGCCCAUGCGUCUCCCUGGAGACCCGCCCAGGAGCAGCAGGGAGGCUACACCGCGGGCAAGAGAAGCGGUCGGCUCGCCCCCGAGCCAUCAGGGAAGGUCCCUGCGCUCUAGACGUCCAAAUAAGACCGAGGCAGAAGGGCAAAGACCCAAGCCUGUUGUAACAGCGACAGAAAAGCCGAAAACAAAAAGAAGUGACAAGAAGCCCUUGAAGACAUCCCAAGAGACAGCGUUACAAAGCCCGGAAGACGGAGCCAAGCAAGCGGCAUCUGGGGGCAAAGCCCGGGGAAGCAGAAUGUGUCUGAGGUCUGCGAGACCCACUAGGAUGCCCUCGCCGGACGUCGCCGAGGAGAAGCAAAGGGAGAAAAGAGUGGGUGUCCAGGAGAAGAAGCAGGAGGAAGAAGUAAGGCAACCUUCAGACCCCAUGCGUUUGAGAUCUAGAAAAAUCACAGUCCCUCCUGGAGGAAAGGCUUUGGAGAGUGAACCCCAGCAGAGGGUAACUCGGAAUGCCAAGAGAUGCGCUGAAAAUAUAAAAAAGGAUGAUGACAAUGUGUGUAUCAAGAAAUUAAGAACCAGAAGUCGUCGGGACAAUGGAGAUAUUUAGCUGAGAAGUUGAAAAGGGAAAAAAUAAUAAGUGCAGUCUAGUGAUUUAUUCUAGUAUGUUAUUUGGGUAAAUUUGAAAGGGAAUUUUGUAAAUAAUGCUAUUCAGGUGUUUAAGGAAAGAAAGCGUAGAAUUUUCUGUCCCCGAGUGGUCUAUUCAUAAAGGCCACAUGGAGGUCACAAAGAGGACUGCUGGUCUCAUAAAGUGACAAAAAUAUCAAACUUGGCUUGGGGACGGGUGGGGGGCAGGGGUUGGGAUCCAGAAUAUGCAGUGAAAUGAAGCCGUGACAUUUGUCACCCCCGUCCGUCCUUGACGGCCCCACACGCCAGCACUUGCCGCGCUGCUCUGUAAAUGCUUUCUGGUGGCCCAUGUCCCGCGUCAGAAUGUGAAAACAGGGGCUUCUGUCCCUAGUCCCCAGCCCUGGGCAGGCACUCAGGAAACGCAAAUGAACGGGCCGAUGAACAAACUCCUCGGCUGUUUUUUUACCGGGGCGGGGAAGGGGGUUACACACUGGGUCCACUCAUAAGGGCUGUUGGUCCCCUGUAUGGGACAGUCCCAUUCUCAGGGUUCCCACCGUGGAAGGGAACAUGUGUGGGGCCUGGAGGACACUGGUGGCCCCAGCUGCAGGGUGUAGGGGUCACUGGUGUCUUACUUUUUCCGCUUCAAGCAUCUCUCUGACCUGGGACUGCUCACAUCUGAGAAGGCACCUGGUGCUGAGUCCCGGGACCGUGGGCCAGGGUGCCCCCAGCUCCGAAUGGCUGUAGCUCUCCUAGUUCCUUGCAUUUUCCUCUUACGUUUUCUGAGCUCUCCCGAAUCUGCGCCCACUAGCGCUUUCUCUGACUGCCCCUGCUGGCCACCUUCUUCCCAGCACGUCCCCUUGUUCAGGAAAUAACCAAAACCAUCUUCCAAAAGAAGGACCGUGACUCCCGCGCCGUCCACGCGAGCCACGGCCCCUUCGGUCUCAGACCCAGACAGCCACGUGCCGGGUGUCUCCACCUCCACGUUCCACUGUCCUGUGCCUCUCGUGUUCCCUGGAUGAGAAGACAGCACGCCGUCCCUCCGGUGCCCUGUCCAACCAGGUCGAAGUGGGGUUGGAAGACCAGGCAGGGGAGCUGUCCACUCUGUCCCUAUCUGUCCACUCUGACACCAUUGUGUCUGCGUGGAGCCAGGUGCUCGUAAUAAAUGUCUGCUGAAUGAA